CAGUCAGAUGUGCGGGAGAGAGAGUGAGGCAAACACACAGCAGACUCCUACUAUACAAACUGUCAUCCUCUGCGUGGGGAUUUCUCUACACUACACUACAAGGACACUGACUGAGACAGCAAUGAACCCAGAGCUUACUCUUGUGAUUGGGAAGGUCAGUCACCACAGUAUCGAGCUGAGCUGGAUGAAUGAUGAGAAUAAACCUGGAAAUGGCCCUCCUGAACGCUGGACCCGCUUCUCCGUGGAGCAGAUGGACCCCGAAACACACACAUACAGCACUGUAUACAUAGGGUACAGCACUCAUCAUGUUGUAAAGGACUUGGAGUCCAGCACCUGCUAUAGUUUUAGACUGAGGGUCACCAGAGCCUCAGGGGAGUGCAGCCUCAGCCCUGUGAUCUCUAUCUUCACCACACGAGAGCCCUUCAGUGGGAAGAACCUCCACCAGGCUGUGAACAGGGAGGAUGCGGAAGAGCUGACCACAGUUCUGCAGUCAGGAACGGUCGACGUGGAUGUUUAUGACAAAAUGGGUUUCACCCCUCUCAUGGUGGCAGCACAGAAGGGUUUCACAAGUUUAAUGGACAUUUUGGUAAAUCAUGGAGCUGAUAUUAACAAGAGAGACAGCACUGGAAAAGACAGUCUAAUGCAUGCCUGUUAUGCUGGUCACCUUGACACAGUGAAGUAUCUGCGUGACUGCGGCUCCACAUGGCAGUCUCAAGACACGGACGGCUGCACGCCGCUCCACUGGGCUGUGGAUGGAGGACACCUGGCUGUCAUUACAUACAUGAUCCAGGAUGGUUGUGAGGUGGAUGUGAUGGAUAAAGUGUCUCUCUGGACUCCUCUCAUGCGUGUGUCAGCCAUCAGUGGAAACGCUGCGGUGGCCUCCAUCCUCCUCCGGUCUGGAGCUGAUGUAAACGUCCGUGACAAAGCUGGCAAAACACCACUAAUGGUCGCUGUCCUGAAUAACCAUGUGGAGCUGGUGAAACUUCUACUUGACAGUGGAGCAGAUCACCACAUGAAGAACGAGUAUGGAGCAGGUGCAGCGGAUAUGGCGAAAGCAUUUGGGAGACAGAGCAUCAUAAACUUGCUGGACAACAUAAGCUUGGAAGAUUCAAAUCGACUGACAUCAGCAGGACAGUUCUGUUAUGGAGACAAGAAAUGAUCUUUUAUUAAAAAACAACUUUUAUGUUUCUGUAGUGUAAAAUAAAAUGAAAUUGAAUUCACAAUAGUAAUACCCUCAUUUAUUG